GAAGCUUUAAAUGCUUCACUUUACUCUCUCUCUGACACUAACAAGAACCCAUAGAACAAGAAUUAAAGACUCUCAUCUCUUCAAACAGAAUCAUAAUAAAAACAGACACAAUUAUUUUAUGCUUUUCUCUCUCUCACACACUUUUUCACUCUUCACUCUUUAAAAUCCAACCCACCACUAUUAAUGGCUUCUCAACUCCCAAGACUUCUUCCACCCACCACUCUUCUUUCUUUUUAAACCUCUUCUUUCAAAAAAAAAAAUUCAGUUUUUUUCUUCAAGCUAAAAACAAAAAGUAAUUUUUUUUUACUACUGUUCCAUCCUUUGAUUCUUAGUAUUAGUUUAUAAAUAAAAUUCUAUUUUGUUCAAACUUUGAGUGUGAGUGUGAGUGUUAUUUCUUUUUGAGUAGAGGGUAUUUUGAAAUUCUAAACAAGGAAAAGCAAAAACAAAAAAAAAGUGAUUUUCCUUAAGUCACUUUACUUUGUUUUUUUCCUUUUCAUUCUCUCACAUGGUUUUUGUCUAACCCCUUUUAUUUUCUUCUCUUCUUACUCCUUUUGUUUCUUUCUAUUACUAUUCUCUUUUUGUUUAUAUAUAUAUCCAUUGAAAUUUGUAUACUUGCAAAUUCAGCUACUGUGUCUUGUUAUGUGAAGAAACUUCCCCUCCAUGACGAUGUUAUUGCUAAAGGAUAGAGCUUUGUUGAAAUUCAUGAAGAAAAACUAUUCCUUUUGAAGUUUCAACUUUGAAAACUUCCAUUGGUUUUAUAAAUAUAUGAUGGAAUUCAGAAGCAUGUGUUUGUUGUUUUUGAUUCUUUUGAUUUCAAUUAUGCAACCAGUGUUCUGUGUUGAUGAUCCUGUUUUCAAUGAUGAUAUAUUGGGGUUAAUUGUGUUUAAAGCUGGUUUAAAAGACCCUAAUCACAAACUCUCUUCAUGGAAUGAAGAUGAUAACACUCCUUGUAAUUGGGAAGGUGUGAAAUGUGACCCUUCAAACAAUAAAGUCACUUCACUUGUUCUUGAUGGUUUCUCUCUUUCAGGACAUGUUGAUAGAGGCUUAUUGAGAUUGCAGUUUCUUCAAAUUCUUUCACUUAAAGGUAACAACUUCACUGGUUUCAUAAACCCUGAUCUUCCUAAACUUGGAACUUUGCAAGUUGUUGAUUUGAGUGAUAAUAAUCUUCAAGGGACUAUACCAGAAGAGUUUUUUCAACAAUGUGGAUCUUUGAGAACCGUUUCUUUUGCUAAGAAUAAUCUUACAGGUAAGAUUCCUGAUUCUAUUGGCUCAUGUGCUACUUUGACAAAUGUUAACUUUUCUUCUAAUCAAAUUUAUGGAGAAUUUCCAUCUGGUGUGUGGUUUUUGAGGGGGUUACAAUCACUUGAUCUUUCAAAUAACUUGCUUGAAGGAGAAAUUCCAGAAGGGAUUCAAAAUCUGUAUGAUAUGAGAGAGUUGAGUUUAAAGAAGAAUAGGUUUAGUGGUAGGAUUCCUGAGGAUAUUGGUGGCUGCAUAGUCUUAAAAUCACUUGAUUUGAGUGGAAAUUUUCUAUCUGGUGGAAUUCCUAAUUCAAUGCAAAGACUCAGUUCAUGUAAUUCACUUAGUUUGCAAGGAAAUUCACUCACAGGUAACAUUCCUGAUUGGAUUGGUGAGUUGAAAGAUCUAGAAAAAUUGGAUCUUUCAUCAAAUAGAUUUUCUGGUUUGAUUCCAAAGUCAUUAGGAAAUCUAGAUAUGCUGCAAAUAUUGAAUUUUUCUAGGAAUCAGUUAGUAGGAAACGUGCCUGAUUCAAUGAUAAAUUGUUCUAAGCUUUUGGCUAUUGAUAUUAGUCACAAUCAGUUGUUUGGUCAUCUUCCUUCAUGGACUUUUAGGAUUGGUUUGCAAAGUUUAUCCCUUUCUGGUAAUAAUUAUCAUGGUCUUGAGGUUUUGGAUUUGUCAUCCAAUGCAUUUUCCGGCGAACUUCCAUCUGGUAUUGGAGGACUUAGUAGCUUGCAACUCUUGAAUAUAUCCAACAACAAUUUAUCUGGUUCUGUUCCUGUUGAUAUUGGUCAACUCAAAUCUUUGUACAUUGUUGAUUUGAGUGGUAACAAGUUUAAUGGAAGCAUUCCUUUUGAAAUAGAAGGUGCUAUUUCACUUAGUGAGUUAAGGUUACAGAAGAAUUUCCUUGGUGGGAGAAUUCCGGCUCAAAUCGCGAAGUGUUCAUCUUUAACAUCUUUGGUUCUUUCUCACAACAAGCUUACUGGUUCAAUCCCUGCAUCCAUUGCAAACCUAACCAAUCUUCAGCAUGUAGAUUUGUCAUGGAAUGAACUCUCUGGAAGUUUACCUAAAGAGCUAACAAAUCUUUCCAAUCUUUCAUCAUUUAAUGUAUCCUACAACCAUCUUCAAGGUGAGUUACCGGUGGGCGGUUUCUUCAACACCAUCUCCUCCUCAUCGGUUACCGGUAACUCAUUGUUGUGUGGUUCUGUUGUCAACCACUCCUGCCCGUCCGUUCAUCCCAAACCGAUUGUCUUAAAUCCCAAUUCUUCUGGUUCCAACUCUAGCGUUUCCUCACAAUAUCAUCGACACAAGAUCAUACUUAGUAUAUCUGCUCUUAUUGCUAUUGGUGCAGCUGCUUCUAUUGCCGUUGGUGUCGUGGCUAUCACUGUCCUGAAUAUGCGCGUGCGUUCUGCAAUGGAACAACGUUUGGCCACUCCAUUUGCAUUCUCUGGUGGUGAGGACUAUGGCAACUCACCUGCGAAUGAUCCGAACUACGGCAAGCUUGUCAUGUUUUCUGGUGAUGCAGACUUUGCUGAUGGAGCUCACAAUCUUCUUAAUAAAGAAAGCGAAAUAGGCCGCGGUGGAUUUGGAGUUGUUUAUCGCACUUUUCUUCGAGACGGUCAUGCUGUUGCAAUCAAGAAGCUUAUAGUCUCAAGUUUGAUCAAGUCUCAAGAAGAAUUUGAAAAGGAAGUAAAAAGGUUUGGGAAGAUUAGGCACCAAAAUCUUGUAGCACUUGAAGGUUAUUAUUGGACUUCAUCGUUGCAGCUACUCAUUUACGAGUUCUUAUCAAGAGGUAGUUUGCAUAAGCUUCUACACGGCGAUAACAACAAAAACGUCUUAUCUUGGCGACAAAGGUUCAAGAUUAUCCUUGGCAUGGCAAAAGGGUUGUCACAUUUGCACCAAAUGAACAUAAUCCACUACAAUCUCAAAUCAACCAACGUUCUCAUCCACUCUUCCGAUGAACCGAAGAUAGGAGAUUUUGGCUUAGUGAAAUUGUUGCCAAUGCUAGACCAUUGUGUAUUGAGCAGCAAAAUUCAAAGUGCAUUAGGAUACAUGGCUCCUGAGUUCGCUUGCCGUACAGUUAAGAUAACUGAGAAAUGCGACGUGUAUGGUUUCGGCAUCCUUAUUUUGGAGAUAGUGACAGGAAAAAGACCUGUUGAAUACAUGGAAGAUGAUGUUGUUGUUCUUUGUGACAUGGUGAGGGGGGCAUUGGAAGAAGGAAAAGUUGAAGAAUGUGUUGAUGAAAGGCUUUUAGGUAAUUUUGCAGCUGAAGAAGCAAUUCCUGUGAUUAAAUUGGGAUUAAUUUGUGCAUCACAAGUUCCAUCAAAUAGGCCAGAUAUGGAUGAAGUAAUCAAUAUAUUAGAGUUAAUUCAGUGCCCUUCAGAAGGACAAGAGGAGUUAUUAGAAUGAGUUUUGUUACAAUGUUUGAAAGAAAAACAACACAUGAAAAGUACCUGGUGAAGUAGAAUCCAGUUUUAAAAAGUUAUUAUACUUGCAAAAGUUAUUGUUCCUUUUUAAGUUGUUGAAAUUUUCUAUUGUAUUUUUUUUUUUUUUGCUUUUGUUUAUUUCAUGUUGCAUUACUGGAUUUUACUUCACCAGUUAGAGGGCUGAUACAAUGAUAUGAUAUCUUAACUAUACUUUGGCAUUUUCUCAAAUUUGGAGUGAAUUUUUUUGAGGUAAACAGCCAUUUUAGUCUAAGUGUAAGGUGUUCUCAA